AUGAACUCCAUCAACAAGCUAUCUCUCUUGGCUGUGGCCGCCAACGCAGCACCUCAGUUCGGCCCCAACUUUCCAUUCGGAAAUGGCAACCCAUUUGGCCCGAACUUCCCAUUCGGGAACAACAACCCAUUUGGCCCAGGCUUCCCUUUCGGCAACAACAACCCAGGCGCUACGACGACGACUCCUGCUGCUACCCCAAGACCAACUUGCGCGGGCACACCUUUUGUCAUCCCAGGACAGGUCAUUCAAGGCUUCACGUUCCCACCAUUCGUGACCAUUCCAGCCUUCACUAUCCCAGACCGUACACUGACGCUGCCUGGUGUCUGUGCGCCUACUCCAGGUCUUCCAGGUGUGACCACUACGACCAGCAUCACCUUGCCCACGACCACCACCACUAGCAUCACCCUUCCGACAACCACCACCACCAGUGGCGGCCUGCCUCUGCCCACGGAUACUCUUGUGGCAAUUGGCGAGAAUGGCGAAAUCUUUUCUUUCAAUAUCCAGAAAGACAAGGCCGUCGCUGGAGACGUCAUCUCGUCGGUGAUCUUGGAACCAGGCACCGUUCUUCCAGAUACCGACCUUCCAGUAGAUCUCCCAGACACCGAACUUCCAGACACCGACCUCCCAAUUGAUCUCCCAAUCAAGGCUAAGCGCCAGGUGAACAUUGGUGUCGCCGCGGUCCAGGAGUGUGCCAACCUCUGUGCCGGCAACGACGCCUGCGAUGGCUUCCAAACCUUCGUCAACGAUCAAGAUGAACAACAGUGUGACCUCAAGAACAACCUCGGAGCGGUUUCGGACUUGAUUGGCUCCGUCAUUGGCUUCAAGGGAAACCAGAUCAUUCCUGGUGAUGACAUGACCACAACCACAACCACUACAACCGCUACUACGACUGGUACUACCACCACCACCACAACUACUACAACAACCACCAGCGGCGGUAUCACUCUGCCUACCGAUAUUGUUGAUGAUGAGCUUCCUAUCGAUGAUGAACUCCCUAUCGAUGAUGAGCUUCCUAUCGAUGAUGAGCUCCCAAUUGAUGAUGAGCUCCCUACCGAUGAGCUUCCUGUCGACGAGCUCCCUGUCGAUGAACUUCCUACCGAUGAGCUUCCUACCGACGAGCUUCCCGUUGAUGAGCUCCCGACUGAUGAGCUUCCGACCGACGAGCUUCCCGUCGAUGAGCUUCCAGUCGACGAGCUUCCAGUGGAUGAGCUCCCCACCGACAACUUGCCCACCGACAACUUGCCCACCGACAACUUGCCCACCGACAACUUGCCCAUCCUCGGUGGCAUCUAA